AUGAGUAGAGCUAUUACUAGAGCACAAUUGGACAAGGUUGUGCGUAGCAUCACUAAGUUCUAUCCUCAAAAGUACGCAGAUAAGAGCUGGGACAAUACCGGCCUUCUCAUUGAUUGCUCCACUGCACAAGCCACCACUGCUAAUCCAACCGUUAAGACAAAGGUCCUUUUAACCGUCGACCUCACAAAGUCAGUCGCCCAAGAAGCUGUGGAUGCUAACUGCAACGUAAUUAUUGCCUACCAUCCUUUUAUUUUCCCGAGUUGGAGCAGAUUAAGCCCACAUACCAACCCACAACACGAGACAGCUAUAAAACUAAUCCAAUACGGCAUAUCCGUAUACUGCCCUCACACUGCUGUGGAUGCCGCUCGUGGCGGUGUAAACGACUGGUUGGUCAAGGGCUUGAACAAUGGAGAGAACGUUACAAAGUCUUAUGCCUUGGAAACUGUCAGUGGCGAAACCGACGACUUAAUCGGCUACGGUAGAUUCGUAGAGUUGAGUAAAGACAUUUCGUUGCAGCAAAUCGUUGAAAAUGUCAAGCGUGCUCUACGGAUUCCCCAUAUACAAGUGGCAUCUGGCGCUUCUCCAUCCACAUGGAACCGACUUAUGAUCAAAAAGGUUGCCGUCUGUGCCGGGAGCGGUUCUGGCGUAUUUAAACAACUAAACGAGGACGUAGAUCUUUACUAUACAGGAGAAAUGUCGCAUCAUGAAGUGCUAAAGUGGAAAGAAAUGGGCAAGACCGUUAUUGUUUGCAACCACUCAAACACUGAGCGUGGAUUCCUACGAGAUGUUAUGCAUGGCUUGUUCCAAGAUGAGGGUUAUGAAGUAGUUGUAAGCAGAAUGGACCGCGACCCUUUGACCGUUGUAUAG